AUGAGCGCUAUUGGAGCCACGCACAUGCAGGAAGAUCCCAAAGUCUGCAUCCAUUUGCUGCAGGACCCUACUCUUAGAAACUACUAUCUCCUGAAGAAGUACCUGACAAAUUGCAGUGACAUGUGGAUGGUUGAAUUCCUAGAACUCAGUGGCCUCAACUUGAUGUUAAAAGCCUUGGAUAAGUUGUCAAGCAGAGGAAUGCCUAAGAUUGAUGAUGCCCUUCUACAACUCACCUGUGUGAGCUGUGUAAAAGCUGUGAUGAAUUCUCCAAAUGGAAUUGAACAUCUUGUGAAUGAUGAAAACCAGAUUAGAAAACUACUACAAGCUCUGAAUACAUCUGUGAUCCUGGUGAAGAAACAAGUAUUUGAUUUGCUGGCAGCCCUCUGCAUGUACUCCCCAGAAGGUCAUGAUCAGGUUUUAUAUGCACUACAACACUACAAGAAUGCACAGAGGUAUCAAUAUGGAUUGAAUGUCAUUGUGAGUGAACUCCAAACAGAUAAUGUUCCUUAUCUGGUAUCACUCCUGAGUGUGAUCAAUGCUCUUAUUCUGGGAACUGAAAACUUGCAAAAACGGGCAAGGCUCAGAAAUCAAUUCAUUGGUCUUCAUUUGCUGGAUGCACUGCCAAAUCUCAGAAAAAAAGAUGAUGUAGAUGUAUUAAUCCAGUGUUCCAAAUUUGAGGAAGCCAGGGCAGAAGAUGAUGAAGAUUUAACAGGAAUCUAUGAUAUGAACUGCCAUCAAGAUGUUUUUGCAGCAUUGUUUAAUAAAGUGCGUACCUCCCCAGCUUCUAUUCAGCUUCUAUCAAUUCUCCAGGGUCUCUUGCAGCUGGAACCAUCUAACAAGAGUGGUGAAGAGAAUUCUUUAUGGUUACUUGGCCGUAAUAAUUCCAUAACUCCUGAUUAUGCCAGAAUUGAACAGCUUUUCUGCUUCUCCUUCUCUCAAACAAAAAAGAAAGAUCAAGCCCUCUUCAAAAAAGAGUCAAAGGAGGUCACAUUUUUGGACUCUAAGAAAAACCUGAAUUUGAACAUAUUUUUAAAACAGUUCAAGUGUUCUAAUGAAGAACUGGUAGGCAUGGUCCAAAAGAGUAGGAAAUCUGAAUUUGAUGCGGAAGUUUUGAAACAAUUUAAGAAACUCCUGCCAGAUGAACAUGAAAGAGAAAAUAUAAUCACUUACAAAGAAGAAAAAGAAAAAUUAGCAAAUGGAGAUCAUUUCUACCUUUGCCUUCUCAAAGUGCCCUGCUAUGAGUUGCGGAUUGACUGUUUACUUCCAUGUGAAGACAUAGCAAUUCUACAAAAUGUUCACCAACCAAAUGCAAAACUGAUUAAAAAGGCGUGUGAAAAUCUCCUAACUUCUCCAAGACUUACCCAAUUCUGUCAGCUAAUACUUAAAAUUGGAAACUUUCUCAACUACGGUAGUGCCAUAGGAAAUGCAAAUGGAUUUAAAAUAAAUAGUUUGGUUAAACUCAAAGAGACGAGAGCAAAUGAGCCACAAAUCACACUGCUACAUUACGCUGUGCAGGAAAUUGAAGAAUCCUAUCCAGAUCUUCUAAAUCUUCCUGAUGACCUCCAAUCGAGAUCAGAAGCAGCGAGUAUCAAAACUGAGUCAAUCCAAUCUGAAGUAAGCAGCCUUUCACAGCACUUAAACAAGAUCAGUGAUGACAUUGAGUCAUCCAUAGAUGAUAUAAAAUUACAAUUCAGAAAUCCAAUUCAGAUAAGCAAAUAUCCAAUGCAAGGUCUCACUGUAUCUGAGGAGCUCAAGGAUCUUCUGAAAGCUAUAGAGUGCAAAAGAAAGGAGUUGGCUCAAUAUUUCUGUGAAAAUGAAAACAAGUUUUCACUGGAUGAAUUGUUCAGCACAUUCAAAAAAUUCAGAGAACUGUUCUUGCAAGCGAUAAAGGAUAACAAUGAGCAAAAACACAAGACCUCAAAAAUGAAGAAAAGAGAGAAACAACUUGCUGUGCAAGUAGCAAAUGAACCAAAUGAACACAACAGUAAGUUUGGAGUUAGUAGAAUUAGUUUUGUAUCGCCAAAUAUACAACAACAAGUCACUUACCACACAUCAGUUGAGAUCUACCGAGCAGGAGGUGGGGGAAGUGGCAGGGAAUAUCUUGAUGGAUAUCGAGGGUGGGAUCUGUCAGCCAGGAGGUCCUGGCACUGUCUGCCAUGGGCACAGUCUGCACACGACCCAGGGGCUAGGCCACAGUCAGUUUUCUGCAUGGUAAUUUCACAGUCAGGGUAUUUGUCUGAUUAUAGUCUGGGCAAUGGGCAGAAGUCAGUCGUGUCACAUCACAUGCAGCCAGCAGAACCAUCUUUAGUCAGGGAGCUGCAAACAGUGGUCAGUGACCCACGCAGUCAUUAUCUAAAUGCUGCCUGUCAAAGUAAAUCAGAGAUCUGGGGUGAAUAUAAUCCUGGAGUCCAUUGUGAUGCAGCAUUAGAUGGCAAGGUAGCCAAUGGAUGGGGUUUCCUGGCAGUGACCACCACCAUGGCUGCUACGGGAGCAUAG